UGGGUCGGGAAAACGUUCAAAUGACGUGCAAAGCUAACGCAAACCCACCAGCCCAUCACUUCAGAUGGAUUAGAUUGGACAGUGAAAUGCCAGAAGGGGUGGAAAUAAUAAAUAGCACUUUGCUCUUCCUGCGUCCCCUCCAGCGGAAUGACUCUGGAGUAUACAGGUGUGAGGUUGCCAAUGACAUCAACCUCCGCAGUCGGGAUGUGCGCAUUCUCAUACAAGAUCCUCCCACCAUGCCUUCCACCAUUACUGCUCCUGUCCUAGCUGGCACUGCCUCCUCCACCUUAGUGGAUGAUAAGGGCCAAGUCCUCCUCAGCUUCCCCACACUUGAAGCCCUGCCUGAGAGAAAUCUUGGUUCCAUAGUGGGUGGGGCUGUGGGUGGGGCCUUGUUCCUGCUGCUGUUGUUGUCUCUGGUGGGUGUGUAUUACCUCCGCAAACAGCAGACCUUCCACGGGAAUUACUACACCAAGCAGUACCUGGGUCCCAGUGACCUCCAGACUGCCCCCACGCAGCACGAGCUCCGCCCAACCAAGGCUGGCGGCAGCUCCAACCAUCGAGACCAAGACAGAGAGGAGUGGGGCGACUGCCAACUCAAACAUGAACGUGACCGCCAUCACCAUAGCAACUAUAACGGAGAGGUCUACCCCCCUAAUGGCUACACUAGAGCAAUGAGGGAGAGCAGUCAGCACAGUCGUCAGCAGAAUCACCAGAUUGAACACUCACAGUAUUCUAGUCCUCGAAAGGCCAAGUACCCUCAUUCACCCAAACUAGAGGGAAAUGGCUCCCCCUACCUGUCAGAUGACUGCUACGAUAGCGGGCCCGAUGGCGAAUAUGUGUCUCACACAGACGGCUCAGUCAUUUCACGCAGGGAGUGGUAUGUUUGACAGGAGCAGGUUUCAUUUGUGAAAAUUAGGGAGCAUUAGGAUUCCUGUUCAUGCACAUACACUCUUCUGUAAUUCCCUUGUUUUGUAAGCGUCCUGGUUGAC